CCUGGCUCUUUCAAGAUGGAGGGGAAACCUGUGGGAGAGCCGACUCAAGUGGUGUCUAAAUUCAAACUUUCCACCAAGGUAGAAAGCACAGGACACUGGCUGGAGGAAGAUCAUGCUCGAAUAUGGGAAGUUUUAAAGACAGAGGAGAGCUCGAUUCAGGACUGGGGUGAAGAGGUAGAGGAAGGAGCUGUUUACCAUGUCACCCUGAAAAGAGUCCAGAUUCAACAGGCUGCCAAUAAAGGAGCAAGGUGGCUAGGGGUGGAAGGGGACCAGCUCCCUCCUGGACAUACAGUCAGCCAGUAUGAGACUUGUAAGAUCAGGACCAUAAAAGCUGGCACCUUGGAGAAGUUGGUGGAGAAUCUGCUGACAGCUUUCGGGGACAAUGACUUCACCUAUAUCAGCAUCUUCCUGUCAACGUACAGAGGCUUUGCCUCCACUAAAGAAGUGUUGGAACUACUGCUGGACAGGUACGGCAACCUGACAAGCCCAAGCUAUGAAGAAGAUGGAAGCCAGAGCUCAUCGGAGUCCAGGAUGGUGAUCAGGAAUGCAAUCGCCUCUAUCCUGAGGGCCUGGCUUGACCAGUGUGCAGAGGACUUCCGAGAGCCCCCGCACUUCCCCUGCUUACAGAAACUGCUGGAUUAUCUGAAGCAGAUGAUGCCGGGCUCCGACCCUGAGAGAAGGGCACAAAACCUUCUCGAGCAGUUCCACAAGCAGGAAGCAGAAACUGACAAUGGGUUUGCCAGCACCGUCUCCUGCCGCCUGGAAGAAGAGGAGGAGCCGGAGGCCGGAGGGUCCGCAGAAUUCACAUGCUUCUCCGAGGACCUCGUGGCUGAGCAGCUGACCUACAUGGAUGCACAACUGUUCAAGAAAGUCGUGCCCCACCACUGCCUGGGCUGCAUUUGGUCCCAAAGGGAUAAAAAGGAAAACAAGCACUUGGCUCCUACGAUCCGCGCGACCAUCUCUCAAUUUAACACCCUCACCAAGUGUGUCGUCAGCACCAUCCUGGGGGGCAGAGAGCUCAAAACUCAGCAAAGAGCCAGAAUCAUCGAGAAGUGGAUUAACAUCGCUCACGAAUGUAGAAUCCUGAAGAAUUUUUCCUCCUUGAGGGCCAUCGUUUCGGCGCUGCAGUCCAAUUCCAUCUAUCGGUUAAAGAAGACAUGGGCCGCUGUCCCAAAAGAGCGAAUGCUGAUGUUUGAAGAGCUUUCAGACAUCUUCUCGGACCAUAAUAACCAUUUGACCAGCCGGGAACUACUGAUGAAGGAAGGAACCUCAAAAUUUGCAAACCUGGACAGCUGUGUAAAAGAAAACCAGAAGCGGACUCAGAGGCGGCUUCAGCUGCAGAAGGACAUGGGGGUGAUGCAGGGCACUGUGCCCUACCUGGGCACCUUCCUGACUGACCUGACCAUGCUUGACACCGCUCUUCAGGACUACAUCGAGGGUGGGCUGAUCAACUUUGAGAAAAGGAGACGGGAAUUUGAAGUGAUUGCCCAAAUAAAGCUCUUACAGUCUGCCUGCAACAGCUAUUGUAUGACCCCAGACCAGAAGUUCAUCCAGUGGUUCCAGAGGCAGCAGCUCCUGACAGAGGAGGAGAGCUACGCCCUCUCCUGUGAGAUCGAAGCGGCUCCUGACGCCAGCGCCACCUCGCCCAAGCCUCGGAAGAGCAUGGUGAAGAGGCUCAGCCUACUGUUUCUGGGGUCGGACCUCAUCACCAGUAGCACUCCCACCAAAGAGCAGCCCAAGUCUACUGCCAGUGGGAGCUCUGGCGAAAGCAUGGACUCUGUGAGUGUGUCCUCCUGCGAGUCAAACCACUCGGAGGCUGAGGAGGGCUCCAUCACUCCCAUGGACACACCGGAUGAGCCUCAGAAAAAGCUGUCCGAGUCGUCCUCCUCGUGCUCCUCCAUCCACUCCAUGGACACCAACUCCUCAGGGAUGUCGUCCUUCCUCAACCCCCUCUCCUCCCCUCCGUCCUGCAACAACAACCCCAAGAUCCACAAGCGCUCCGUCUCCGUGACCUCCAUCACCUCCACGGGGCUGCCGCCCGCGUACAACCAGCAGAGCGAGGACACCUGCAUCAUCCGCAUCAGCGUCGAGGACAACAACGGCAACAUGUACAAGAGCAUCGUGCUGACGAGCCAGGACAAGACACCCGCCGUGAUCCAGAGAGCGAUGCUGAAGCACAACCUGGACACGGACCCGGCCGAGGAGUACGAGCUGGUGCAGGUCAUCUCAGAGGACAAAGAACUCGUGAUCCCAGACUCUGCAAACGUCUUUUAUGCCAUGAACAGCCAAGUGAACUUUGACUUCAUUUUACGCAAAAAGAACUCCGCAGAAGACCCAGUGAAACUGCGCAGCCGGACAAGCUUGACCUUGCCCAGGACAGCUAAACGGGGCUGCUGGAGCAACAGACACAGCAAAAUCACCCUCUGAAGGGAGGGACCAGUGGCCCCUUGCUCGCCCAUGGCAGAGUGUGGCUGAGCACAGGCCGUGGUGAUUGCAGCUACCAUCCAGUGUUAGAGGAUCAUUGGUGAAGUCAACAGCUAUUUAUUAAGUUCCUGUCGUGUGCAAGGCACUGUGACAGGCUGUGGGGAGGUCACAGGUGAAUUUGACAUGGAAAGGAGGGACGAUUCACUGAUUCUCUUUGACCUAUUUGAGACUGAAAUGCAAAAUUAUCCACAUUUAUAAAUAUAUAUGACACAUAUUUGGUAUGUAUGUGUGUAUAUAAAAAUAUAUGAGGGACUUGGAGGAUAUUCUAGACUGUGGAAAAACAAAUUUGCACAAUGGCCUGGGAAGUUGAGGUCACUUUUUACAGGGAAAUAAAAGGAACUGAGAACCUAGUUUCCUACCUGCCAAGUAAGUGGAUCCAAUCCUAGGAAUACAGUGUCCUUGUGCCAGUAUUAGGAGAAGCCCAAACUGUUUUCUUAAAGGGAGAGGAUGACUUUCUCAACCAGGUGCCACCAAGAGGGGACAACUGCAGGGGCCAGAUGUGCCAUGGGCUCAAUGAGAGGCCGCUUUGGAAAGGGUUUGGAUGAGCCCAUGGCUUCCCUGGCCUCUGCCCCCAUGCCGGCCUCUGCUGCCCCAGGGAGGCAGGGAGCUGCGGAGGCCCAGCCAACCCACUGGUGCAGCCGGCAAGACACUCCUGGGAUCAACACAAGCCCGUUUGGAUUUCCAGCAGCCGCAUUGCGUUUGUUUCCCCCGAACUCACAUAUCUCAAUCAUUACUGCACAAGUAGCCAUGUUCUUUCCAAUUGCCUUUUGCAUGUAAAGCUCUGUGUCUGGAGUCCUUUGCCACCUGGAUUGUCGCACCUCUGUACUGUGUGCAAUUUGUUCCUCAGGUAUAGAGAGUUCUACUGCAUUUGACUCUUGUUUGGUCAUUUUGAGCCUGUGAAAGAUUCCUAAGCAGCAAUUGCUUCGCCAGCAGCCCCUCGGAAGGUGUCCCCGCUGACAGCUGUGUCCCGUUUUACGCAUUGACUUGCCUCAUUACUCUGCCUCCUCACGGGGAGAGAAUUGGGCUGUGUUUCCUAAAGCAUUUCUGCAGAGGUACAGUCUUCCAGAUGGAAUCAGUGACUUUUUUUUCAGGUCCCACACUUGCUAUCCCAGUGUCACUGUGAGUGAGAUUUUUUUUGUCUUCGGUAACACCAUCACCCUCUCCCUUCCAAAUCUAAGCUGUGCUGGGGUUUGAACUAAAAGCCAUAUGCAGGAUACUGACAUGUGUAAGAAGCACUUUCAGAAUGUUGUCCCUUUUAAGAAAAAAUUCUCAAAAUAACCAGUUUUCAUUCCAGAAAUAAAGAGAACGAAACCAGAUAUGAAGCGUAGAUUGUAACAUGGAGUUUUUCCUUCUAAUCCUGUAAGACGGCUCCCAAAGGUUAUGUGAGAUUUAUGUUGUAUAAAUGACGAUAUGAAAUCUGCAAGAAACACCAGGGGAAGUUUGCAGAUUUGGGGCAGUGGACCAAAGAACGAGCCAGGAAGGCUUCAGAGUCCUUCAGGUCUCCCCACGAGACCAGCCUGUGCGUCGUCAAGACCGACACGGUUCCAAGUAGUCGAAAAGCACUUCUGUCUGCUAGGCUUGUGCUGGGAGGAGAGAGGCCAGGGUGCUAGACAUCGUGGACACCGAGGCCUGGUCACAAAGGAAACAGAACCGCCGGGCUCGUUCUGAGCGCAGCUGCCAAGACACACGUGUGCCCAUGUGCUCGCCCUGUGUAUUUAUACUGUACAUGUAGAGUCUAGAUUUAUAUACUGCAAUGUAAAAAUAUAUAUAUUUUACUUUUUUUAAAGACCAUGGAAAUUCCAAGUAGAUAAAACAUCGCCUCAUUUAUUUAAUGCCACUCGAAAUGUCUUCAACUUGUCUCCUGGUGGACGGCCGGGUAAGGCUUUUAGCUGCUCGCAUGCUCGUCUUUCCGCAUCUCCAUUGUCUGUUUACCUGUUGGUUAAACUAAUAAACUGGUUGGGACUCGGUUGGCAUGUGCUGCCGGCCCCAAAGGGAUUGUA